AUGGGGCAUGGCGCGCUAGAGGGAUGUGGGGGAGGCGAGGAGCGGGGCGGAGCCAUCGUGAAGCCGGAGGCUGAGCUGAGCAAAGGAACUAGGGGUGCGGCGCGGUGCCUGCCAACGCCCAGACCUCGAUCCCCUGCGCCGCUCUUGCAGCUCAGGCUGCAGAAUUGUGUAACCCGUGACCUCCGGUUCCCCCUCCGCCGCGACUGCACGGCCACCCCGGCCCUGCUACCCGUGCUGCGUAGUUCGCUGACUUGUGCGCCCGCCCACGGAUCUGCUUCUGAGUCCCGCCGCCAGCGCCAGCGAAGCCUCCUUCCUCCAGCGCAGGCACAUUUUGUGCCCUCCCCACCUCCAAAUUGCCUCAGUUACAAAUCAGAAGGCAGGCUUGGUGACCAGGACUGGCAAGCACAUUUUAAAGUCCCAUGCUGUGGAGUUGAUCCAUCUCAACUUGAGUCAGAAGAGGCAGAAGUGGAUGUGAGAGAAAGAGACACACAGAGAGACAGAGAGCCAAAGAGGGCAAGAGACUUGACUUUAAGAGACUCCUGUACUGACAACUCCAUGCAGUUUGGAACCAGAACGACUGCGGCUGAACCAGGGUUCAUGGGGACAUGGCAAAACGCUGAUACUAACCUCUUAUUCAGAAUGUCCCAACAGGUACGCCUUGUUGGAAUUGACAUUUCACUGGCAGAAAACAUGAAGAUAUCUGUCCCUCUACUCACAACAUGGAUGUUCCAAAUAUUAAGAGAAAUGAUUAUUAAGUACACCUUGUUGGAAUUGACAUUUUCACUGGCAGAAAAUAUGAAGAUAUUUGUCCCUCUACUCACAACAAGGAUGCUCCAAAUAUUAAGAGAAAUGAGUAUCAAAAGUUUAAAGGAGAUGGGUUCCCAUUCUGGAUCUCCAUCAUCCAUGUUACCCUGACUACUGAAGAAUCCU